UGCAGGAUCUCUCGCGUUACGUUCAAAGAAAACUGAGUACAUUAGAUAUUUGGCACGGCGCAUUCGUCGUAACUCGUGAUCAACUUCGAAAAGGAAUUGCGCUCUGUGAACAAUGGGUCAAUGUAUGUGAAACUCUGACGUCACAAUUUUGGAAACGAUUUCCAUUACAUCCUUGGGAGGGUCAAAUGUAUACACCUCCGCUUACUGCGCAACUCGCUGCGAGGCUUGAUGAGGUUGUAACACUGAGAACAGUUCAUGAGCAGCUAACUCCUUUACUCACGAUGUCAGAAUGCCAGCAGUAUAAAACAUCGGAUGCCUUUUCACCAUUCUUUGGUCUUAAUCCACUUCAUUAUAAUUCCUAUACGGAGCCUUUAUGGCGCGCAGCUGUUGCGCAGUACGAGAAAGCCAUGAUGCCCGCAGAGCAAAAGAUCGCUAGGAAAUUACGUGAUCAAUUUCAAAAAGUUUCGGCUAACCCUCAUCAGCUGUUGCGAGAAUUUCAGCGUUACAAAGAACUAGUAAAAAGAAACAGUGUUAAGAAUGAGCUUGCUCCUGAGAGAGAAACUUUGCUCGGUCAGUUGACAGUACAUAUCAAGAGCAUACAAGAAGACUUCUCAACAAAGAGCGGAGAAUAUGGCGGAAGUAAUGUUGCAGUACCCAAAGGAAAGAAUCUUCCACAUAUUGUCAACAGUAUUGUGUGGGUCAGUCAUCUGCAGGCUAAGGUGUCUGACACCCUCAAGACAGCAGAAUCGCUUCUCGGCGAUUUAACUGGAUUUCAAUCUUUCAAGAAACAAGCUGCUGAUUUGCAUGAAGAGCUUAAACUUUACCAAAGUGAGCAAUUUGAGUCAUGGUCAAGUGAAAUGCAGGAUGCAAUUGGUAGACCACACGAUUCUUUGAGUUUGCAAACUAAUGGUCGGUUGAUGGAAUUGAGUCACUCUGAUGGUAAACUUAAAGUUCAUUACAGCGAGCGUCUGGUCACCUUAAUACGCGAGGUUCGCCAGCUUGCAGCACUUGGCUUUACAAUACCGAAAAAAAUACAAUCUACUGCUGAUGUUGCGAAUAAAUUUUAUAGACAUGGCGUUGUUUUAAAACAGGUUGCACAUUUUUACAACACGAUUGACCAGCAGAUGAUUCCAAGUCAACAAGCGAUGAUGUUGGAUUCAGCUCUUGCGUUCGAGAAGCUCGUUAAGAAUCCAAAAUCAAAUUCUCGAAACAGUAAUGACAAGACCCAGGUGACGUGGGACAAUCCUACCGAAUUAGAGAACUAUAUCAACAAAUUACAGAAGGCUGCUGAUCGCUUGACAACUGAAAAUCGACGACUCAGGAAAUGUCACCAUAUAAUUGGAGAAAAGGUCAUUCAAUUGAUGAGUGUGGACUUACUUCGACAGCAGUCAAGGUGGAAAGAAGGCCUGUUGGAGAUCAGGCAGAUAAUUGCAAAUCUUGUUCAACAAGGCUUUAAAUCCGAUAACAUGAAGCCAUGGAAAAUGCAUUGGGAUCGUCAGUUAUACAAAGCUUUAGAACAUCAGUACGAGUUGGGUCUCGUUGCACUUAAUCAAAAUCUUCCUGAAUUGAAGAUUGAACUCAUAUUCAAGAAACAGAAAUUACAAUUUCGACCACCCUUCGAAGAAGUCCGUGCGAAGUACUACCGGGAAAUGAAAAAAUUCAUAUCCAUUCCGUUGCAUUUUCGCGGUGUAAGCGACGACACGAGCAUAUAUCCUCCUCUCAUUGAACGCCAUGCUUCAGCAUUUUCCACUGUCUACGCCAAGGCCGAGGAGCUUUUUCGACGCCUUGCCAGCAUUUUGGACGAUUUCCAAGAUUGGAUUGUGCUUGGGGUGGUUGACAUCGAUUCAAUGAUAGAAGAACAUCUCGUCAAGACAAGCGAUUGGGAGAAAAAUUUUAAAGCUCUCAAAGCUAAGGGAAAAGAAGCAGAAAAAAUCCCAGGGUCCAUUAAAGUCGACUGCAUAACGGUGUCCACUGCUUCAGUAAAAUCGACAAUCGACGAUCUCAUCCAGCAGUUGUUUGAUGCAUUGCUAAAUUCUCUGCGGCGUAGUACUAUCACUCACAUACAGACCAUUGACAUGUUUGUCACGGAUGGCAUGGAAGCCUUAUCCAGCAGACCGCAAACUGUAGAAGAAAUUGGUUUGGCAAAUUCUAAACACCAGGAACUAAGUGGUAAAAUUCCAGAGAUCCAACAGCUGUUUGAAAAGGUCGAAUCCAAAAACAAGUUACUGCGUUCGACAGCUGGAGAGGGAAUUGAUCAAAUCAGUCCAUUGAAAGGAAGAUGGGACAAACUUGAGUUGAUGAUGGAAAGCCACGAGUUGAUGGUAAAAGAGCAGGUUGAAGUGAUGAAAAGUAACGUCGAAUCAAGAGUCAAUACUUUCGUGCAAAAUCUAGAUAAGUUUGCUGCCAGAUGGAAUCAGUUGAAGCCAAAAGAUAUCGACAUGGAAGGUGACAAUGAAGCUUGCCUUAACGCCGUGAAGUCUAUAAAAGAACGCAGAGCUGAGUUCAAUGAAUUUGAAGAGAGCAAAGAGAAGUUGAUUUUUGAAUGCAAACACUUUGACCUCUCUGAACCAGAGUUUCCUGUGGCUGACGAGCUGAGAAGCGAUAUCGAGCGAUAUGAAUCCAACUGGAUUUUGUUUGAAAGGUUUAGUAAUGGUUUGGAUAAUCUUGCCAAAGAGGAUUGGAUUUCAUUCAGGGGACAAACCUAUAAGUUCGAAGAAUUUUUGAUGCUUUGGACAGAUGAACUUAAAACCCGCGAACCAACUACCAUGACAGUUCGCUUACAGAAAGAAAUUGAUAAAUACAAGAUCGUUUACCCGUUGCUGAAGUUUGUCAGAGGCGAGCAGCUGUCACCAGAUCAUUGGUUAGACAUGUUCCGAUUGUUAAUGUUACCCAAAGGAACAAUAUUGGAAAAACUUACCUUUGGUGAUAUCAUGAAAGUUGCUGACGCUAUCAUCGCCAAUGCCGACGCCAUUAAGGAAUUGAAUAGUCGAGCUCAGGGGGAGGUAUCCAUUAGAGAAGCGCUUCGUGAACUGGAGUUGUGGGGUGCGGGAGCCGUUUUCUCGAUAACUGUGUACGUGGAUUCCUCUGGUAAAGAAAUUUCCAUCAUCAAAGAUUGGAAGGAUCUUGUUAACCAGGUUGGAGACAACCAAUGCUUACUCCAGUCUCUAAAAGAUUCCCCUUACUACAAAGGAUUUUCUGACAAGGCAUCGCUUUGGGAGGCACGUUUAGCUGAUCUUGAUGAAUAUCUUCAUAAUCUCAAUCAGAUUCAACGCAAGUGGGUUUACCUUGAACCUAUAUUUGGUCGUGGUGCUCUACCUAAAGAGCAAGGGCGGUUUAAAAGCGUGGAUACCGAUUUCAGAUCGAUAAUGAUUGAUGUUAAAGGUGACGCUCGCGUCCUGUCCCUAGUUGCCAGAUCUGGAAUUCGAAACAUUUUGGUGAAUCUGUUGGAUCAACUUCACAGAUGUCAGAAAUCACUGAAUGAAUUUCUUGAGGAAAAGCGUUCAUUGUUUCCACGGUUUUAUUUCAUCGGCGAUGAUGACCUGUUGGAAAUUCUCGGUCAAUCAACAAACCCAGUUGUCAUUCAAUCUCAUCUCAAGAAGUUGUUUGCUGGUAUACAUAACGUCGAGUUCGAUGAAGGUUUUAAAAACAUAAUUGCAAUGAAAUCUUUGAAAGGCGAAGUUGUACCACUAAAGCGUUCUGUUGCCGUAACAACAGAAGUUGAGGUUUGGUUAGGCAAUUUGGCCAAUGAAAUGAAAGAUACUUUGAAGAAAUUGCUUGUGGAGUGCUUAAACGCUGGAAAGAAGGGAUCAAAAACUGGCGUUGAUCCAUCGUUGUAUCCAUCGCAGAUUUUGUGCUUGGCAGAACAAAUACAGUUUACAGAGAGAUGUGAAGCUGCAAUUCGCAGUAACAGCUUACACGAGUUUUCUAUUGAAAUGGAAGCUUCACUAGAUGCAUACGCCAAGACGGACAUGUCGGGUGAUACUGCUGACGUUGACAAUGAUGUGCUUGAACUGAAGUGUAAAGCUUUGAUCUUGGAUACCAUACAUGCCAUUGAUGUUAUCGACAAGCUUGUGCAGAAUAACGUGAAGUCCACAGAAGAUUGGAUGUGGCAAAAACAACUAAGAUUUUAUGUGGAGAAAGAUCAAUGCAAGAUUUGCAUGGUAGAUGCUGAAUUUGACUACACGUACGAGUAUCAAGGAAACUCUACAAAAUUAGUGCAUACUCCUCUCACUGACAAAUGCUACUUGACGUUGACACAAGGAAUGCACAUGGGAUUAGGAGGAAAUCCCUACGGACCUGCUGGAACCGGCAAGACUGAAUCAGUGAAAGCGCUUGGGGGAUUGUUCGGGAGACAAGUGUUGGUUUUUAAUUGUGAUGAGGGAAUUGAUGUGAAGUCGAUGGGUCGCAUAUUUAUUGGGCUAGUUAAAUGUGGUGCGUGGGGAUGCUUCGAUGAAUUCAAUCGCCUUGAAGAAGCGGUCUUGUCUGCUGUCUCCAUGCAAAUUCAGACCAUUCAAGCUGCUGUGAAAAGUCGCGAGUCACACGCGGAACUUUUGGGAAGGCAGGUGGAUCUUGAUGCAAAUUCUGGUAUUUUCAUCACGUUAAACCCUGCGGGAAAAGGCUAUGGUGGUCGCCAGAAGCUACCAGACAAUUUAAAACAGCUCUUUCGGCCUGUGGCGAUGACAAAACCCGAUGUUGAUCUCAUUACUGAAGUCAUUAUGUUUUCAGAAGGUUUUAAAGAAGCAAAAAGUCUUGGUAGAAAACUUGUGUCAGUUUUCAAUCUAUCUAGGGAGCUUUUGUCAUCGCAACAACAUUAUGAUUGGGGAUUGAGAGCCAUGAAAGCAGUUCUUCCUUGCUGUGGCAGUCUUUUGCGGACUCUCAGGCAAUCAGGAAUCCAAGUUGACAGCAAAGUAGAAGCUAAAGUUGUUGUCCAAGCAUUACGUCUCAAUACGUUGUCAAAAUUAACGUUCGCUGAUUUGAAAAGAUUUGACGGACUUGUGCGGGAUGUUUUUCCGAAUGUCGAAUUUCAAGACGUUGAUUAUGAGAAAUUGGCCAAUGCUGUGAUAGCUUCUGCAAAAGAACUUAAUCUUGCUAUUUUGCCAACGCAGGUCAAAAAGACUUUGGAACUUUAUGAGCAACUCCGUCAACGUAUGGGUGUAGUUGUUGUUGGUCCCUCUGGAUCGGGGAAGACCAUUCUGUGGAAACUUUUGCGCGCUGCCCUGGGUAAAAUGGACCAAGUGGUGAAACAGUAUACAAUGAACCCUAAAGCGAUGCCCAGGACCCAGUUGUUGGGUCAAAUCGACAUGGACACCCGAGAAUGGACCGACGGUGUGCUUACUUAUGCUGCUCGGCAAGUUGUGAAAGAACCAAAAGAAGUCCAUUCGUGGAUUGUUUGCGAUGGGGAUAUUGACCCAGAAUGGAUCGAAUCUCUUAAUUCCGUUCUUGAUGAUAAUCGUCUCCUGACUAUGCCAUCUGGUGAACGCAUUCAAUUUGGGCCAAAUGUCAAUUUCAUAUUUGAAUCGCAUGAUUUAAGCUGUGCAUCGCCUGCCACCAUAACAAGAAUGGGAAUGAUAUUUCUAAGUGAUGAAGAUAUUGAUGUAAAAGCUUUGGUAAAGUCUUGGUUGCACGAACAUGCUGAAGAGGAACGAAAUCUGGAUGGAUGGAUUGAAGAUUAUUUCUACAAAGCUCUGGACUGGGUAUUAAAACGAAACGAUUUUGUCGUCGAAACAACGCUUGUGGGUGUAGUGAUGAAUGGACUUUCCCAUUUAAGACAUGUUAAAGUCAAACCAGAAUUUGCAUGUGCUCUGAUAAGGGGCUUAGGCUCUAAUCUAAUUACAGCUGCAAAAAAUGAUCUGGCCAAAGAGAUUUUUCAAUGGACUCAUGAAAUUCCUCCUGAUCAAAAGCGGCCACUUCAUUCAUAUUAUGAUUCAGAACUCUCUCGACUUUGCUCGUAUCAGUUUGAGGUUCAAGAUUCUCUCAAUGCGGCUGAUCUCGUCAGUUCAUCGGGAUAUCUUCCAGUUAUCCAAACGGCUGACAUCAAACGACAAAUAGACUUCUUUAAUUCGUGGCUUCAACCUAACAACAGACAACCAUUCAUUCUUGUUGGACCCGAAGGAUGUGGCAAAGAGUUAUUACUUCGUCACUGCUUUAAGAGUUUGCGAUCAACUCAAGUUGCCAUGGUGCAUUGUAGCGCUCAGACCUCCCCCAUUCACGUUCUUCAGAAACUUCAGCAAACAUGCAUGGUCAUCAGCUCAAACACUGGCCGUGUGUAUAGGCCAAAAGACUGCGAAAGGUUGAUUUUGUAUUUGAAAGAUAUUAAUCUUCCAAAGCCGGACAAGUGGGGGACUAGUCAACUGAUUGCUUUUAUACAACAGGUUCUCUCUUACAAAGGAUUCUAUGAUACUAAUUUGGAAUGGGUUGGCUUAGAGGGAGUGCAAAUAGUUGCUUCUAUGACCGCUGGUAGUGGAUUAGGCCGUCACAAAUUGUCCAGUCGUUUUACAUCUGUUGUACGAAUUUGUGCAAUUGAUUAUGCAGACAGAGAACAGCUUCAAGUGAUCUAUGGUUCUUAUCUGAGACCUGUGAUUCAUCACAGUUUGUCUUCACAUCCAGUGUGGGGUGCCGUAAGAAACAUUCAAGCCCUUGCUCAAACAAUGGUUUCGAUAUACGAGCAGAUUCGUUCGAAGUUUACUGUUGACGAUCACUCCCAUUACCUGUUUACGCCACGUGAUCUUACAUACUGGGUUCUGGCGCUUUUUAGAUACACGGUCGACAAGUCUAUUAUUGAAGCCACUGCUGGUCACCUUCUUGAGAUAUGCGCUUAUGAAGCAAGACGCUUGUUUAAAGAUCGCAUGGUCGGCGAACAUGCUCAAAUAUGUGAUAGCAUCAUCAAUUCAGUUAUACGUUCUGAUUGGUCAAUUCACUUGGAUAGUUUAGACACAUCAUAUUAUGUGACCUGGGGCAGUUCAGCGAAAGCAGUUACUGCAAAUCAGAACGAUGCAAAUUUUUCUCUUAAUUCAAGUAAUCUACGCGCUUUUGGUCAUCCACUAGGACGCUUGGAUGCUAAGGACUUAAAGCAAGUCAUCACCAAUGGAAUGUUGGCGUACAGUCGCGAAAAUAAGGAAUUGGAUAUCCUUAUAUUUAAGGAAGUACUAGAGAAUAUAGCGAUUGUCGACCGCGUUAUUACCAAACCUGGUGGUUCUUUAUUAAUGGCUGGACGAAGUGGUGUUGGUAGGAGGACAAGUGUGUCGUUAGUGGCGCACAUGCACAAUAUUGAAGUCUUCACACCCAAAGUAUCUCGAGGAUAUCGUGUGAAAAACUUUAAAAACGAUCUGAAAGCGGUUAUGCAAAGGACAGGUAUUGAAGGUGACCAAGCUAUCCUUCUGUUGGAGGAUCAUCAAUUUUUUGAUGCAGUAUUUCUUGAACUCAUAAACAGUCUCCUAAGUGCGGGCGAAAUCCCAGGCCUUUACACUCCCGAAGAAUUAGAACCUUUACUAACACCACUUAAGGAUGAAGCCUCUCAAGAUGGCUUUCGAGGUACUCUGUUUUCAUACUUCGCUUCACGUGUGAACAAAAAUCUUCAUGUGGUUUUGAGCAUGGAUUACUCGUCAUCUGCCUUUAUUGCAAACUGCGAGUCGAAUCCAAGCUUCUUCAAGAGUUGUACAUUUAAAUGGAUGAAUGGUUGGAGCCGUGAAAGCAUGCUACAAGUUCCUACGAUGUUCUUAAGUGAAGAAGAAUUUCAAGUUUCCUUGACUAAAAAGAAAGGGUCUCCAAGAGAUGAUGGUAUGCCAAAACAUUUCCUCGGAAUUCACGAGUCGUGUGUUGAUCGUGGUGCAACACCCAGAAAAUAUAUGACUUAUUUGAAGACAUACAAGUCUAUUUUUGCUGGAAAGAAACAGGGUAUAGUUACAAAACAGCACCAUUUGCAGGCUGGUGUAUCCAAAUUGACUGAAGCGAAGGACUUGGUUCACAGUCUGAAACUAAAAGCUGGCCUGCAGAGUACGGAGCUGGCAGAAAAACAGGCCGAAGCUGACACAGCUUUACAAGAGAUAACUGCAAGUAUGCAGCGUGCAAGUGAGCAAAAGAGUGAAAUGGAGGUAUUGAAGCAGAAGCAGGGCGAAGAAGCUGUGAAAUUGGAAAAAAGAAAGAAAGCGAUAGAUAUUGAAUUGUCUGACAUCGAACCACUUAUACGUGAAGCUAAAGAUGCCGUGGGCAACAUCAAACCUGAUUCUCUUUCCGAAAUACGCUCGUUACGCAUGCCACCUGAUGUAAUUCGUGAUAUUCUCGAAGCUGUUCUACGUCUAAUGGGAAUAUUUGAUACAUCGUGGGUGAGCAUGAAAAGUUUUUUGGCAAAGAGAGGUGUAAAGGAUGAGAUCUGCUCAUUUGACGCAAGAAAGAUUACGCCGGAAAUCAGAGCCAGUGUACAAGAACUUCUCGAUGAAAAGGCACCUUCUUUCAAUGCCAAAACUGCUAGACGCGCAAGUACUGCUGCUGCUCCAUUGGCGGCAUGGGUAAAGGCUAAUGUCAAAUACUCUGAAGUUUUGGAAAAGAUAGAGCCCUUGGAACAAGAGCAAGAAAAACUGCAAAGAAAUCUGCAAAAGUCGCAACAUCGCAUGGACAAAUUGAAAAAAGCACUGGACGAAGUCGAUCAACAAGUUGCCGGAAUGAGAAAACGAUUUGAAAAACGUACUCAAGAAGCCACCCAACUAAAAAUUGAAUUAGAUAAAGCUCAAGAAACGAUCUCAGCUGCUGAGACGCUUGUUGGAAAACUGGAAGGAGAGUUUAAAAGAUGGUCUGGGCAGGUCGAGGAACUUUCGGCUGAAUUGGAGCAAUUACCAAGGAGAGCGCAAGUUGCUGCUGGAUUUAUUACUUAUUUGAGUGAUGCCCCCGAAGACGUUCGCAAGUCAUUGAUGGCAGCCUGGUGCGAGCAGGUUGGCUUGCAGAGAUUCGAUUUCAAGCGAUUCAUCAGCAGUGAGAGCGAGCAAUUGAUUUGGAAAUCUCAAGGCUUACCUUCCGACGAUUUGUCUAUGGAAAAUGCGAUGGUUAUUCUGAAGAGUGAAAUGACACCAUUCCUUAUCGACCCAUCGUCGAGAGCAACAGCGUGGCUCAAGAACCACUUGAAAGAAAGUCGCCUAGAGGUCAUUAAUCAACAGGAUGCCAAUUUUGCUACAGCUUUGGAGCUUGCAGUUCGUUUUGGCAAAACACUUGUCAUUCAGGAAAUGGACAACGUAGAGCCCAUUCUUUAUCCACUCAUUCGCGGAGACUUGAUUAGUCAAGGACCUCGUUUUGUUGUUCAAAUUGGGGAAAAGGUUAUUGACUAUAAUGAAGAUUUCAGAUUAUUUAUGACGACGCGAAAUCCUAACUUGAAAUUACCUCCAGAUGUUUCUUCAGUCAUUGCUGAGGUGAACUUUACAACGACAAGAGCUGGAUUAACUGGCCAGCUUUUAGCCAUGACGAUUCAACAUGAAAAACCCGAACUUGAAAUAAAGAAGACGGAACUUUUAAAGAAGGAGGAAGAUCUCAAAGUGCAGCUGGCAGAACUAGAAGAGUCUUUGUUGGAGACAUUGGCGAAGGCUGAAGGCAACAUUCUUGAGAACAAAGCUUUGUUGGAUUCGUUGAACAAGACAAAAGCUAGCAGUACCACGAUUACAGAGUCGCUCAAUGAUGCUCAUGCCAUACAAAGCACCCUAGAUCAGGAAAGAGAUGCAUUUCUCCCUCUAGCUCAGAGCGGUAGCACUUUGUUCUUCGUUAUCACAGACCUUGCUAAGGUCAACAACAUGUAUCAGUUUAGUCUCGCUGCAUUUUUACGCACAUUUCAACGUUCACUUGAAUUGUCUGACGAUUCAUCUACGACAGACAGUCGAAUAAAAUCUUUAAUGCGCUCUUUACAAUCGUUGGUUUACGAGUAUGUCUGCCGGUCUUUAUUCAAGGCUGAUCGACUAAUGUUUGCACUACAUAUGGUCCAUGGAAUGCGACCUGAUGAUUUUCAAGAAAACGAAUGGGAAUUCUUCACUGGUUUGCUGGUAGCCGAUGUUUUCAAGCGACAAGAUUCAAGUCGAAAUAUUACUGAUAAUUUACCACCAUGGAUUGAUUCUGAUCGUCAUUCCUCAAUCUUAGCUUUAAAGAAUGUCUUUGGUAAUUUGUUCAACUUGCUGGAUCUCACCAACAUUGAGAAAUGGUCUGCAUUUCAACACAGCUCCAAAUGCGAGCAAGAAUUUCCUUCUUCUGUUGCGAAAAAAAUCAGUCUGUUUCAACAACUUCUUGUAAUUCAGGCCUUACGUCCAGAUAGAUUGCAAAGUGCUAUGAUGCAGUUUGCUCUGAGAGCACUAGGAUUCAAAGAGCUUUCUCCACCAGCUAUAAAUUUGAAAAAUUUGACAAGAGAGACAGUUUGUCGUGAGCCAAUAUUGAUUGUGAUAUCGCCAGGAGCUGAUCCUUCUCAGGAGUUGCAAGAUCUUGCUGACGAAGUCAUCGGCGAAGAAAAGUUUCAUCAGGUUGCCAUGGGUCAAGGUCAAGCUGACAUUGCCUUACAACUGCUUCACGAUUGCUCUCGCAAUGGCGAAUGGUUGUGCUUGAAGAAUUUGCAUUUAGUAAAUUCAUGGCUUCCUACGUUGGAAAAGGAGUUCAACUCAUUGAAUCCUCAUGAUGACUUCCGUCUCUGGUUGACUGCGGAGAGUCAUCCCAAAUUUCCAACGAUCUUACUUCAAUCCAGUCUUAAAGUAACUUAUGAGUCGCCUCCUGGAAUCAAGAAGAAUUUACAGCGAACGUACGAAUCGUGGACACCUGAUUUUGUCAAGCGUGGAGAGUCGUCUAUUCGUGCCCAGGCCCUUUUUAUUUUGGCGUGGUUUCAUGCAAUAAUGCAGGAAAGACGGAAUUACAUUCCUCAGGGUUGGACUAAAUUCUAUGAGUUUUCCCAAAGCGAUUUACGAGCCGGUGCAGAAAUCAUCGAUCGCCUGUGCUUAACCGCUAGGAAAGGUGGUGCUGAAGUGCGUUGGAAUUUUGUUCAUGGCUUAUUUGAAAACGCUAUAUAUGGUGGUCGUAUCGACAAUACCUAUGAUCUCAAUGUCCUAAAGUCUUAUCUUUAUCAGUACUUUGAAUCAAAUGUUGUAACUGGCGGACAGUCGUCUCGUGGACGUGGAAAACGAGUCAUUCCCAAUGUCACUUUGCCAGUAUCUUUUCAUAUGGAGGAUUACAAACAUACAGUAAACAGUCUUCCUGAAACUGACCAACCCUCGUUCUUUGGACUGCCAGCGAAUAUUGAUAGAUCUGCACAAAGAAUCGUGAGCUCACAGGUGAUUUCUCAAUUGAAAGUCCUAAUGCGUUCAACUGCUAUUGCCCAUAAAUUUGACCGUGAGCAGUGGACUGUCGAGCUUUCACCUUUCUUAAGUCUAUGGAAGAAGCUGAACCAGGGCUCACAACUUAUCCAGAUGAAACUGCCACCUCCUUUGGAUAAGGGAGGGUCACCGGUGACCUCGUUUGUGCUACUGGAGCGUUACAAUGCCAUUCGGUUGGUCCAACAUGUUCAUAUGACUUUGGCUGCUUUAAGUAAAACUGUCAAGGGUACAACACUUCUUACUGCUGAUACGCAGAGCCUUGCAACAUCUCUUAUGAAACAAGAGGUGCCUAAUACAUGGUGCAAUAAUUGGGAAGGACCUAGUGAUCCAGUUCAAUGGCUGAGAUCGUUAGUUGCCAAGACUCUUGCUUUGGGCUCGUGGGUUGAAAAGAGUGAACAGAAAACUUUACUUCGUGAAACUGUCGAUCUCUCGGAUCUCUUUCAUCCCGACACGUUUUUAAACGCUCUACGACAACAAACAGCCAGAGCUAUGAAAUGUUCAAUGGACGAACUUAAGUUUGCUGCUACUUGGAAACGCUCUGGCAUCCAGGGGGCGAAAUAUUCAAUCAAGGUGGGAGGUCUACUUUUGGAAGGUUGCUCAUUUGACGGUUCUGUACUCAUAGAAAGUCAACGAGACUCCGCUAGCGUUUCAGCUGUUCCUCCUUGUACUAUUGCGUGGAUAUCUAAGAAUCAACCUGAUGCGUACAAGUCUAAUGAAUGUCUUACUUUGCCUGUGUACUACGCAAUGGACCGUGAGAGACUGGUGACAAGCAUAGAUAUUCCUUGCGGUGAAGAAAGAAGCUUGUGGAUACAAUGUGGUGCAGCUCUUUUCCUGAAAAGCCAAUAAGUCGGUAACCUUUAAGUUUUUGUUAUCUUUGUACAUUUAACUCAUUAUUCAUAGAUGAGAAUUCUAAAAACGAUUUAGAAGUGCAUGUCAUUGUUUUGUUUUUAGAGCGAUAACUUAUUAAAGCAGAUUAUGUGCAAUUUUUUACUUUGCGAUGUGAUCAUGAAUAGUGGAAAAUUUGCGAGUUGUGUAGUUUUAUCAGAUAUUAAAAACUGAGAAGAGAAAGCAUGCCACUCCCGUAUGAAAAGAUCGCUUCUUUAAAAAAUCUGCUUACCUAUUCAUUGUCAUUACUACUUGGUUUUGAUACAAUGUGUGUUUGGCAUUUAUAAAUAUGCCUAGCAUUAAGCUAAGCAGUUACGUGAAUAAAGAGGAACACAAUUUAAAAA